AUGUUGGCGACAACCAGCGAUGUCUUGACCGACGAGCAGCAACCUCCCAUCUUGCUCGCUUUCGAGAGCUUGACAUGCUGUGGCAUACUUAUCACACCAAUACCGCCUCUCGGAGCAAACCCAUCUGAUUCUGAGCAAGGCGAUGAACUUGAAUGUUAA